AUGUCCUUCCCCCUUCCACCCAGACUACGUCGGCGCGUGACGGACUUUGAUGUGGAUGAGAAGGUCCUUGGUGACGGUUCCCUGGCUUUGGUGCACGUGGCGUGGGAGAAAGCCGGCGGCAAGCAGUAUGCAUUGAAGGCAUUCGAUCGCCGCCUGCUUCGCAGCAAUCACAAAGAUGCCGAUGUGACCAUCGAGGAGCAUUGCCUGAGAAGAGCGAAUCAUCCUGGAAUCGUCAAGUUGCACGCGUCCUUUCGAGACGAGGAAUGGCACUACUUCACUUUGGAGCUCUGCCCCGGGGGUGAGCUUUGGAACAUGGUCCGGGUUGUGGGCUGCACAGAGAGCCUUGCGAGGCACUACCUUGGCCAGGUUUUUGAAGCUGUCCAGUACUUACGAGAUGCACAAAUCGUCCACCGUGAUCUGAAGGCAGAAAAUGUUCUGAUCGGACCCAAAGGCAACUGCAAGCUCAUCGACUUCGGAUGCGCCAGAGAUCUGGCAAAUCCUCAGGUAAAAGGAGCUGGGACUCGAAACUUCAAGACGGUGAUGGAGGAGUACGUGGGCACGUCCAACUUCAUGGCGCCCGAGGUGGUGAAGAACUUGUCUUCGGACUUCCGAUCCGACACAUGGUCACUGGGAUGUCUGGUGUUCCAAGUGCUCGUUGGCCUCCCGCCUUUCCAUGGAGGGUCUAUCAUACGUGUUUACAAGAAGAUAGGCAAGGGCUUCAUGGAAUUCCCCAGCAACUGGCUUGGAGACGACGCGCGAGAUCUAAUCCACAAAAUGGUGGUGAAGGAUCCAGAUGCCAGGCUUGGGUCAAAGAACCUGCGGGAGGUCGAGGAGCAUCCCUUCUUCAAUGGAAUUCGCUUCGAAGGAGCUUUGCCUGCGGAGGCUCGCCAUCCGAUGGCAGCAGAUGGGUGGCACGGCCUUGACGUGGGCGCGGUCACAAACUGCUCUCUGCCCAGAGGUGCUUGCGAGACUGGAGCGCAUGGCGGAAGUAUCCGACCUGCUGGCGGGCAAGGACGAGGGCCAAACCUCGGACUCUGA